GUGAAUGGUCAAAGAUGCUCUUCAGCUGUUGAAAAUAAUUUACAAUUUACAAAAACACUUCGAUUUGGUUCAUUUUGCCCGGAAAACCAUGAAAAUGGAGUCGAAUGAGGGGUGGAUUGUGUGCCGUGUGUGCCUGAACAACCAAAGCGACAGCGAGGAACUGCUCCAGGAUAUAUUCACCAAAAAUGCCAACCCACGUCUCGACCAGAUGCUGCACCUGUGCGCAGGGAUACCAGUCAGUGCCGAUGACAACUUCCCCGACAAGAUGUGCAGCCAGUGUGUGCGCUACCUGCGCUUGGCCUUCAAGUUCCGCCAGACCUGCCAAAGAUCGCACCAACAAAUCUUGGACAUGCUGACCAGGGGAGGAAACAACACUCGCGAGGAGAGUGCCUCCAGUGGCGAGGACUUUAUUGCCGAGAACAUCGUCAAGAUAUGGGAGGAACACACAGGCCGGCUGGAAAUAAGCCAAGUCAAGCUGGAGGAUGAGGAGGAGGAGCCGCGGGAAGAGACUGUCAGCUUUAUAGUAACCCCACACGAAGACGACACAGGGGGAGAGGGUGAGGGCGAGGUCCUAGAUGGAAUUGUGUACGAUGCCACUGGUGAGGACGAAACGGUCACCACCGUGGUCUACGAAGACGCUCAAACUGUGAUCGAGGAUGCGGAAACGUAUACGGAAUACGAGGAAUAUGAACUCCUGACCAACGAAUCCACGCCCCAGCACUGCACAGACGAACCGGCAGCGGGAACACAGUCCCACAGCGAGUACUCGGUCGAACCGCCUGACGAUGACAUGGCCGUUGAUGUACUCAGCUCGGACGAUACCAGCGACAUCCUCGACGAGAAGCCCAAGACAGUGAUCCGAACGCGACCGCCGCGCGGUAAACGGACAGGCAAACUCGGAAUAAAUGCCCUGGAUGGCGCACACUUUGAGAAGAAGCUGGGACGCAAGCCGAGGGACAAGCUUAGCUCUUACAUUUGCGAUGUUUGCGGGAAUAUCUAUCCGACGCAGGCGCGUCUCACCGAGCACAUGAAGUUCCACAGUGGCGUCAAGCCACACGAAUGCGAAAUCUGUGGACGUGGCUUUGUGCAGAAUCAACAGUUGGUGAGGCACAUGAAUACGCAUACAGGAAAUCGGCCGUACAAGUGCAAUUAUUGUCCAGCUGCCUUUGCCGACCGUUCCACCAAGACCAAACAUCACAGAAUACACACCAAGGAGCGUCCCUAUGAGUGCGAUGUCUGCUCGCGAACGUUUACCUAUUCGGAUAAUUUAAAGUUUCACAAGAUGAUCCACACGGGCGAGAAGCCGCAUGUCUGCGAUUUGUGUGGCAAGGGUUUCGUCAAGGCCUACAAAAUGCGUUUGCAUCGUGUGACGCACGAGAAGCACGGCCCCUGGAAGCCACUAGAAGCAACCGAAGCGCCUGGCAUUAAAGAUGAAAUUCCCGAGUUUCUCAGUUAGUCAGGGUCUGCAGUCAAUCAAGCAGAAAGGCCUGCAGCUUUUCAUUUACUUUUAGAUUUUUUUAUACUAUUGUUUUAAGUAACAAACUGCCGUGAGCAGUUUCUAUAGAUUUGAACAGGCCUGUAACUUGUUUAACUUAAGUUUUUCGUGCUUUAGGAAUCAACUAUGAUAAUCCGAAUAGCAAAAGUAAGCCCCAGGCAAUGUACAAAUGUACAAAGGCGAGUGUAAAUAAUGCUUAGAUGUAACUUGUUCACCUCUCGAUUGGUAGACUAUUAUUCUAUCUUGAAAUCUAAUCGUGUAACUUGUUGUUGUACUAUAAACGCUGCCCUGAACUCA